AUGGCAUCUGUCAGACAGGCUGCUCGCUCCGUUCCGACGGCAGACCUAGAAUCCUUUGCCGAAUGUCUCAAGGGCAGCCGCCGAAUCCUAGCUCUCCUGGGAGCUGGCAUCUCCGCAGCUUCGGGCCUUCCCACGUUUCGGGGUGCCGGAGGUCUAUGGCGCUCGUUCGAUGCCACGGCCCUCGCAACACCGGGGGCGUUUGAGAGAAACCCGGGGCUAGUUUGGCAGUUUUAUAGCUACCGCCGACACAUGGCACUGCAGGCGCAGCCUAACAAAGCACACUACGCACUGGCAGAACUGUCACGGAUGAACAAGGAAUUCUUGACAAUAUCCCAGAACGUUGAUGGUCUAUCGCCACGUGCAGGUCACCCUGCGGAACAGCUAAAGUUGCUCCACGGCUCACUUUACGACCUGAAAUGCACUUCGUUCUACUGCGACUACACGCGAAGCAACGACUUCACCGACCCCAUUGUCCCUUCGCUGGACAUUCCCAAGAAGGAACUAUUCCCGGCCGGUUCCGGAGAGGACAGCUCCGGUGUUGCCAAUGAAGUCGACAUCUCAGACGUAAGCAAUCCGAUUCCUGAUUUGAAACCCGAGGAUCUGCCCAAGUGUCCCAAAUGCAACGGUCUACUCCGCCCUGGGGUGGUCUGGUUUGGAGAGGCCCUCCCCAAAGACACCCUAAAUUAUGUGGACGAGUGGAUUGAAUCCGGGCCAAUCGAUUUGAUGUUGGUCAUUGGCACGAGCUCUCGCGUCUGGCCUGCUGCCGGUUAUACGGAUAUUGCUCGCAAUCAUGGCGCACGAGUCGCUGUGAUAAAUAUGGAUCCAAACGAUGUCGCUGGUAGAAAUUCGAUGAAGGGUGAUUGGUUCUUCCAGGGCGAUGCUAGCGUGAUUGUCCCUGAGAUCCUAGAAAGUGUUGUUGGGGAAAUAUGA